ACGGAAGUGAUUGAAAGGGGAAAAAAUGAGAAAUCAUUUUGGAAGUGGAGUGUAAAUGCAUUGCAGCCAGAACAGCACAGUGGUUGAAUUUGGUUUAUCUGUACCCGGGGUUUAAUAAAUUAUUAUUUUAUUACUGAAGACAGCGCUCGGGUUUAGAAGGGAAGCUGUUCGGGUUUUGUAUACUAUAGGUAUUGUUCUCACCACUGCGUUUGACGCUUUUGUGCCUUUGUCGUUCAGAAGAGAAUCGGCAACUGGAGCGCCAUCACUAACCGUCUUAAAAACAACACAAAAAAUUACAGUAUCAAACCAGUAGCAACUGUAUUUAUAUUUAUGCGGAAGCUUUACUUCACGAAGAAGAAAACGCGUACAAGUCUGAUCUCUUCUUGGAGAGUAAGCAUUUUUUUUCUGAAGAACUGAAGAGGAUUUUUUUUUUAAUUGAGCAAAAUGUGUACCUCUUGUUUGGGACAGCUGGCGUGUUGCUGUGGUUCAGCUGCUUGCUCGCUCUGCUGUAGCUGCUGUCCGAAGAUCAAGCAGUCCACUGGAACCCGCUUCAUGUACGCACUCUACUUUCUGCUGGUCACUGUCAUCUGCGUCGUCAUGAUGUCUCCCACAGUGGCGGAAGGGAUGAAGGAACACAUUCCCUUCUACAAGGACCUGUGUGAACACAUGAAGGCCGGUGUGAAUUGUGAAAAGCUGGUGGGUUACUCGGCCGUCUACAAAGUCUGCUUUGGGAUGGCCUGCUUCUUCUUUAUCUUCGCUCUUUUCACAGUCAAAGUACAAGACAGCACGAGCUGCCGGGCACACGUCCAUAACGGGUUCUGGUUCAUGAAAUUUGCGGUGCUGCUCGCCUGCUGCUCAGGAGCCUUCUUCAUUCCAGAUCAGGAUACAUUCCUUAAUGUGUGGCGUUACGUCGGGGCAACAGGAGGAUUUCUCUUCUUGGUCAUCCAGCUCAUCCUCCUGGUGGAGUUUGCCCACAAGUGGAACAAAAACUGGAGUUCAGGUACGAAGCACAACAAGCUGUGGUAUGCAGCUCUGGCCCUGGUCACUCUCGUUCUGUUCUCCGUGGCCGUGGGGGCCCUGAUUCUGAUGGGUAUAUUCCACACCCAUGCAGAGGGCUGCACACUCAACAAGAUCUUCCUGGGGGUCAAUUCUGGCCUUUGCCUAUUCGUCUCCAUACUGGCCAUCACUCCAUGCAUUCAGAAACAUCUACCAAACUCGGGUCUGCUGCAGUCAGGAGUUAUCAGUGUGUACGUCAUGUACCUCACAUACUCGGCACUGGCGAGCAAACCUGCAGAACAAAUUAAGGGGCCAAAUGGUAAUAACAUUACCAUCUGUGUCCCUUCCUUCAGCUCGGGCCUAGACGAUGAUAACAAGCUAGUUUCAACUCUGGGCACCAUUAUAUUGUUUGGCUGUGUUCUGUACUCCUGUCUGACCUCUACAACACGAUCAAGCACAGCAGCUCUGCGGGUGUGCAAGACCACUGUCCCUGACAACGAGGUGGCACGUUGUUGUUUCUGCUGUGGCCCAGAAGAUGAUGGUGAUUAUGAAGUGGAUAAUAAACAUGGAGGGCAGGCAGUAAUAUAUGAUGAGAAGGAAGGCACGGUCUACAGCUAUGCGUUUUUUCACUUUGUCUUCUUCCUCGGGUCUCUUUACGUCAUGAUGACUGUCACUAACUGGUUCCAUUUCGAUGAUGCGAAAAUUGAGAAGCUGUUCCAUGGGAGCUGGUCCACCUACUGGAUCAAGAUGGCUUCCUGUUGGGCCUGUCUCCUGCUCUACACCUGGACCCUCAUUGCCCCCAUUGUCUGCCCAAAAAGGGAGUUCAUCAACUGAGGGACUCUGAGCACUACCUUCCUCUUCUUACUGUCAACUGGUUUUGUGUGAACAUGUUUUAAACUCCUAAAGCAUUAUAUAUAGGUACCUUUUAAAAAAAAAAAAAAAAAAAAAAAAGAUUUGCCAGUCAGUAGUAGCUGUGUGAGAUGUGUGUUCUUGCAAGCCAUAUAGACUUCCCUAAAGGAUAUCUUGUUCACUUUCCAAUCUCCUCGCUCUGUGAGGAUUCAGGACAGCAAUGGUCUCAAGGCAGGCAGCCACUUUCAAAGGAUUGUGUUACAAUUCAUUUGGUGAAGAGAAAGCUCUCGGAAAGAAACACCAGCAAGCCUCCUGCCUCUUGCCUUGCAUGGAUUUGAGGUCAAACACAAAGUUUGUGGAACUGUGUUUUUUUUUUUAUUCUCACAAUAGUGUAAUGUAGUACAUUUUAUAUUUUAAAUUACAUGACCAGGAAUAAUAAGAAAUAUACAAAUAAGUGACCACAGACACAAGUGAAUAAUGUCUAAUAUUGUUUGGGACCAAUAACUGUUAGUUAUAUGUACUGCUCUGGUUAUUAUAAGCUGUAUGACUGUUUGUUUGUUUGUUUGUUUGUUUGUUUGUUUGUUUUUUAUUUAUUUGUUUUAACAAGUUUGAAAGCCAUAACCAAAAAAAAGGGAUUGUAUUGUAUUUCCACAAAGAAACAGGGAUCAAAUAUUAAGUUUCUUUUCUAAAAAAAAUAUCCAUUUGAAAAAAAAAAAAUUCUUCUGGGGUUUACAGUAAAGGAUCUGCCUUUCUUAAUUGUGUGAAUUCAGGUUAUUCCUUCUUCCCGUACAUGUCUUUAGUUUGCAUGUUUAAUUGAAAACAAAGCAUUCUGUUCUGAACACAUUAUAUUGCUGCAGACAAGUACAAUUAAAAACUAUAAAAGGGUGCUAACCAAUCAAUGUCUUCCCUCUUACUAGCUCUAGUAACCUAAGUACACCCCUUUUAUUGUUACGUUAAUUCAGUAUUUGAAAAUAUAUCAUCCAAACUAAUAAACUGCUACAUCCUGGUACCUUUGUAUCUCUGUGUAAUUCAAAUAUAUGAUAAGUGCCAAUAAGAAGAAUGUGCAUUUUAAAAGCAUGGCCAGCACUGAAAAAAAAAAAAAAAAAAAAUUACCAAAGAUGAAUCAGGAGUAAGAUAACAAAUCAUGUCAUUUAAAUCUUAGAAUACGUUUUCAGUGGUGAUUUCAUCACAAAUCUUCUUCUUAACUCAGUCUCCCUUGAAAAAUAGAUUUGAAUCUCAACAGGACUUUCCUGGUUAAAUAAAAAUGAAUGAUCUUUUCUCAGUGCAAGAUUAAUAUUACUUGCGUUGAGUUUAGAUGUCUUGUAACUAUGACAAACUGAAGGAUAGUAAGGUAAUAUUUGUAGUGUAACAGGAAAGUUUGUUGAAUGCCAAUUAAUUAUGAUGGGAACUCCUUAAUAUCUAUCUUGAUUAAUUUCACAAAUAAGAUCAAGAAAUCUGUUCUGAGAAUGACCCACAUGGUCCUGUCAGUGUCAACCCACUGUCCUAGUCUGGUCCAUUUUACAUCUUGGCCUUGGAGACUGAAGAAGACUGUACGCGACUAGCCUAUCAAUUAAAGGAUAUUUCACCAUUUUUGUCCAACCCUGUGCAACUUUUCUUUAUGUAAAAAUAUCAAACCCCUGUAUGUAUGUAUGUAUGUAUGUGUGGUUACAGCUAUUCCAUCAUAUGGUUUAAUCCUUUUUUUUUUUUUUUUUUUUUUAAAUAGCAUUUUUCAGAAUCAAUGCAUGUAACUCAUAUUUAUAUGGUGUGAAUAAGAUCUGGAUAUCAUUUCAAUUCAGAAAUACAGAUGCAGAUUUUAAAAAGUUUAAAAAAAAAGAUAAACCUGUUUAAAAAGUUUAGGAAAAUAAGUUUGACCCCUUUUGACUUUCUGCAACCUUUUCUAUAUAUUUCUGUGACUAAAUAAAAAAAAGAAUCAAG